AUGGUAAAAAAGGCUUGCAGGACUUCUGAACAUUAUGUACAAAAGGUUUCUAUUUGUAAAGCCUAUUUGUAUGAAUCUCGCCCUGCAUUCCUGCAAUUUCUGAUAGGCCAAAGGUAUAGACUGAAGCUAACCGUGCCAACAGCUCAACGAGGCUAUCUGGCCAUCAGUGAGCCCGAUCCCACGAUCUGUAUCGGCUGGCAGAAACCAGAGUCUUCGGUGCCUUGUCUGCCAGCCGCCACCAAGCACCAUCCGCCCAUCCCCUGCUCCAGCCGACUGGCCGACUGUAUAGGCCAGGCGGCCAGAUGCACCUGGCACCAAGAAUUGAUGGCGACGAUGCCGACUAUUCCGCUAACACAAUUGUCCCGGUAUUAUGCAUCCCUUCCGCAGCGCAUUGAGUUGGCUUGCUCAUAUCUGCCUGUCUGGUUUGAGUCAACCAAAGGAGGCCGAAAUGGGGACCGGGCCCGCCUUCUCAACGCUCGGAUUGCCAAUUUCUCGGCCAAACUGUAUCUCUUGAACACAACACGCCAGCGCUUGAAGUGUCUGGACUCCCCAAAACGUGUGCAAGAGACGGACAUGACCCGACUGAACGGCAGCCAUAUAUGCCGUCUGGUGUUGGCAGAAGCAGUUGAUAUUGUGAUUUCAGAUCUCGUCUCUUGUAGUAUACAACCUCCGGGUCUUGCGAUGUCAGAAGGGGAUUCGUACAACGCCAAACUGUUUAUGGUGCUGAAGCCACCGAUAGGUGAAUACACGGCGACAUGCCGUAGCCAGAAAAUGGAAGAGCUGGUGGUCUUUCAGUAUUUGCGUAAGUCGAUCUGCUGCCUGCAAAAAUAUUUUUCCUAG